AUGUCGGCGCCUAAGAAGACUUUUACCAAGGAAGACUUUCAACAAGCUCUUAUCUACCUAGACGAAGAGAUUGGAAAGUCAAAAAACUUACGAAAGGCAGCUCCAAUAAAACUCGUGGCGGUCGGCGGUUUUGUUGCAGUGACCUACUUCGAGAAUAGAACGACCACGGAGGAUCUAGACUACAUGGUUGACCCGUCGCUCAAAAAUCUGGAGAAAAUUCGCGAGAAACUUGUUCGGGCAAUCAGUAACGUGGCUGAAAAACAAGGCUACGAUGACGAUUGGGUCAACGAUAGGGUCCAACAGUUUGCUUUUGGUGAUUUUGCUCUGCCUCUGUUCCAGGACUCGGUGGCCCAGAAUGUCGUGUUAUGGGAAGGAAAAAAUCUCCAACUCAAGGGUAUGCAAAGAAGUAUGGAAGCCCUGGCUUUAUCUGAGCCGGAAAUUUUACGCUUAAAAUUAUCCACCGCUGUAGGGACGAAGCCAUCAAUCUCAGUCAAACUUCAUGACGAAAUGCGCAAUCCAAUCAAAGUGAUAACCCGCGGCCACACUCCCUUGAAGCUUCGAUCAAGCGUACGGCGAGUUCGCGCCUGUCCCCAUCCAUGGUCGACUCUCUUUUUUCUCAUUUGGCCCUUUCCGCUGCGGUAUUCCAUACCAGAGCCACUUCUAUCGGUGGAGGAGAUUGAAAAGCAUCCUGAUGUUCUUAAUGAACGACAUUCUGGCAUCCGAAAACUCUACUGUAUUCCAAUCUUCCGCGUCCGUGAUACGCCGUUACGCUCAUUAUAUCGGCUUGUUGAAGAUGUAUGUGCCUCCGACUUCAUCAUGAUGGGCUAUGAGUGUACAUACUUCUUCUUCCACUGCGAGUCUCGAUGGUCGUUGGCUUGCAUCCCGGAUCCUGAAGACAAAGACCCGGUUCGGUAUGCGCUUCUUGCCAGCAUGGUAGAGGCAUUAGUCGAUGCAUUUAACUGGAGACUCGAGCUUGGAAUUCGCAGAGAUAAAUCGUUGGACAGAUCUGAACAGCGCAGCACCAAUUUCACACGAGAAGAAGCGCCGUCGUGGACUUUAAAAGUUGGCCCUGUCGAGAAGCCCCUGACGUUUCUGCUAGAAAUUCGAAGCAUGACAGGUUAA